AUGUCUUUAGUUUCUAACUCCCUUACCUCUGAUCCUGGCUCCUUUGCACCACCCCCACCAAAAAUUGAAAAGAAGACAAACACAGUCAUGUGUCCUCAUUGUGGACUGUUACUUAACAGACGUAAUGUAAGGCUACACAUUCUGAGACGACAUACACCAAUAAAAACGGAUAUUAGCGCUCUGAACCACCUUACAUCACAGUGUGUGGAUUAUAGAAAUGGUGUCUAUGCAGUAGCAAAAGCAUUUUCAGCACCCAACACUCCAAUACACAUAAUCAGAAAGACGUGGGGCUCAGAACAAAGAACAGCAUGUGAACUUGAUAUCUGCAGAAUUAAUAAAGAAUUUGCAGAAAGAUCAAACAUCCGUUCCUAUGAGUGCCAUCACCUUCGAUCACUUGCAUACUGCCCACCCGCCGGAAGGGAGAUUUCCUUACUGACAAAGCAAGGUUUACAGGCCAUGGUUGAUGAUAGGUGGUUUGGAAAGGACAAGAAGGAGAAAUGUUUGGCACGCCAGAGAGAGGCAAUUGACGCAGGAGUCCCUCUCUCCUGCCUAGUGACCGUUUGUGGGCCCAGCCAUAAAAAAUACAUUUCUGUGUUCGAGCCCACCAUUUCCUACUACAGCAGGCUUGGUCGAGUCAUGGUUUCCUAUGAUGCCAAAACAAUUUCUUGGCAUUGUCCUUGUGCUAAACCAAGGCAGUCAUGCCUUCACAAAAAUGUUGCAAAGUGGCACCUAUUUGAAGUGGACAGGGCACUCUUCCGGAAAACCAGAAGUGUGGAGGAGGAUAGCAUUGCACAACAAUUUCCCACCAAUGUAGAAGGUUUUGAGGCAGAGGACGGAGCCCAGUACCCACCCGAAGGCCAGAAUCUGUCUCGGAUGGUUAGGUACAUCUUUGAUAAAAAGAAACUACCUGCAGUCAUCCCCUCAGAUGUGUUAAACUCUUGUAAUUUUCCUCUGAGCUUCACACCAUCUGAAGCCUUUUGCACAGAAUGUUCUGAGGUAAUUCCACUGAGUGAACCAUUGAUCAUCACAUCAAAAGCCAAAAUCCUGACGAUGACCAGUGUCAUAGAAGGAAUAUCAAUGUACAGGAAACAGUGCUAUAGAUGUGGCAUGGUAUAUCGAUAUCAGGAGUGGUGCGAUGGUAUCUAUAAUUUUGACGACCACAUACUUCUGUCAAUACACUUGUGCCAUUUUCUGCGCAACAGUCUCCAGACUCACCAGGCUGUAGGAAGUGCAAUUGAGGUCUUAGAGAGAACCUCGGGUAAAGUCUUUCCUUCAAAAACAAGGAUCCUGCAUGCCUACUUGAGUUUUGAGGCACUAUCCGACCACACCUACACUUUUGCAUGCGUAACAUGUGGUUACCAUCCAGUGUCUGUCGUAAUGGACCUUCAUAAGAAGGGUGUUUUUAGUAUGCCUGUGAGCAGCAUUGAGGAACCACCAGAGGAUUUUGAUGGAAAGGUGAAUGCUGAAGAUUUCUGGGAACAUGUUUCUCUGGAAAUGAUCAGCCGUGGCUUGGUUCCAAACAAUAAGGCAAACCCCUUUGUGGUUCGUCCGAGCUACCAUAACUGGGCUCCAUGGAUUGGUCCUCACACAAGAAGCGGGAAUCAUCUUCUCAAUACAGAAUAUCAGAAGGUGCAUUCUCCUUAUAGUGUAAAGGAGGAAUCCGAGUUUACCCUCACAGAGGACCGGCUAACAGAUGAGCUUCUAAAACUCAAGAUAGAGGCAGUGCGUUCCUUAUGUAGGGAGUGUGGCAUCGACCCCAAGGGCUCGCGAAUGGACUUGGUUGGACGACUGCAGCAAGAAAUGAAAAACAGAGCCAGUUACGACAAGGUGUUUUCACAGAUCUGGGGAGCAUCUGGUGGAUGGGCUGUGGUCACCUGUCCUUGUGCUGUGGUCUAUGGGGUAAAAUUUAACAUCAGAGCUGAGAGCCCACGGGACUUCACAGACCUUUUGUUUUCAAUGAAACAUUUUCCAAAUAUUUCAUUGUAUGAUUUUGCCAGAGGGUUGGCAACACACACUAACAUUAGAAAACCCGAAACCUUCCAUCCUCAUGGGGGCAGGCUGCUAGAGCCUACAGAGGAAAACAUUCAGCUUGCAAAUUCUGGGCAGAUUAAAGUGAACUUACCGUGGCUACUCACAGAAAAGUCAGUGCCAGAUGUAAAUGGCCACCCUAUAACAGGAUCAUCUGAUCAUUAUGCCCUAUAUGAUCGUUUCCAUGAGGCUAAUUCUAAGGACGCCAGGGAUACCUUGCGUAAGGUGGAACUGGUCCCGGAGUUGUGUGGUUGGCUUAAUAGCCAGUGUGCCGAACAGCUCUUCUCUGGAAUGAGAAAAAAUAACCAUUUUCUUAAUAUGAUGACUCCCUCCUCACACAUCUUUCUGAUGCGGAACAUCUUGCAUCACCACAACAUCUACAAAAACUCCAGAACCAUAGAGAACAUGAAGACUAGACUGGGCAUGGGAGUGGACAUAGCGUUAAAUUCCAAUGGUCAGACAGUGUUGGGUGCAGCCAUGGCUGUGAAUUCUCAAUCCUCCUCUGUUGAUACUGCAGCAUGCAGUCAAAUUCCAGGUGCGACCAUGGCUGUGAAUUCUCAAUCCUCCUCUUUUGAUACUGCGGCAACUGUUACAGCAAAGUCAGUGCCCAAGCCAUCGUCCCUCGCUGCGCCCAGUCCAUCGUCCCUCGCUGCGCCCAGUCCAGCGUCCCUCGCUGCGCCCAGUCCAGCUUCCCUCGGCUUCUCAGGACUGAGUAAACCCUGGGAAAAAGAAUUGAAUCCUAUCCAGGACAAAUUGCUCAACUAUGUUCUGGACAUGAGACGGCCUGGAGCGGAAAUUAUUAUAAAAGAAGGGCCCAUAUGUGUUACCCGUGAAGAGUUUUGGAGCCUAGGGCUACAAAGAUACAUGGAUUCCCAGAUUGGGAAUGCCUGCUUUAAAUUGAUCCAUGAAGCAGCUCAGCAACACGGAAAAGACAUAUAUAUAGAGAACAUGUACGUAGUUCCUACAUGGAAGCGUACACCAAAUAAUGUGGUUGUCAACUUUCCAGAGGAUGUUGACAUGAAAGACUUGUUGGUGUUUCCGGCAUGGACAGACUCAAUUGGGCCAGAUCACUUCGUUCUCUGUGGAUUGCCACACCAGAUCUGUGGAAAUGACUGUGGGGUUUUCAUGCUUAUGUAUACCCUUUGCAUUGUGACAGGUGUGGGGUUUGACUUCGAGGAGUGCUUUAGAUUUACCUUCUUAAUGUUUGAAAGGCAUGGUCAGCAGUUUGCCUUCUGGACUGAUGAGGCCAGAAGCUUGUUACAAGGAACUCUUCAGCCUGUCUACAGAGUGCCAAGACAGAAAGCUAUCUCUGAGAAAGUCCCAGCCCACAUUGAAGCUGUCAAUGUCCGCACAGCUGAGGAAAAGAAGCUAGUGGACUUUAUUGUGAAGUUACAGGGAUCUGAGGAACAUUUGGUGGGUGUACUCAACGGGAAGCCAUCUAAGUGGUUACGUAAGGUAACUUCUUCCCGGGUGCCUGUCUACCUCGACAGUGAGGAACAGCAGGACAUCUUGUUUUCAUAUCUGAGAGGAUUGCUGGAUAGGAUACCAACACAAUUGAGCGUUAAAGAUGAAGUGCAGUUCAUCUGUGGUGUUCUUUUUCCAGAGGCCAUCAUAAAUGCCCUGACUGUCCUCCGGGAUAUCUCCUUACAGGAGGCUGAGCAGGUCUUCCUUUCUGGUCCGAAUUAUCAUUGCAGGUCAGAGUAG